CCAGGCCGGUCGUCAUGGCAACAUCAAUUUAUGGUCUGUGGAGCUUGUUGUCAUUGGGGACACCGCUGGGCCGGAGUCUACCCCAGUCCACUUUCGCUGAGAGGCUUUCCCCUCCCCCCGUGACCUGCUGACCUCCGUGCGUCAGGUGGAGAAGAUGCUGGCAGCCCACGAGGUCUCCUUCCAACAGCACCUGCGCUCGCUGCGCAAGAAGAUGAGCGCUCUGCACAACAGCACGCUGGCCGCCAUGAAGGCCGCCAACGCCUCCUGCCCCAAACCGGAACCGCCCGCCCACGGCCACCGGCUGGGCCGCGUCUUCUCCGUGGGACACGAGGUCCACUUCCUGUGCAAGCCGGGCUACGAGCUGAUUGGUCCGCAGACACAAGUGUGUCUGGAGUCGCUGAGGUGGAGCGGCCAGGCGCCAACGUGCCGCCACCAGCAAGACGGAGGGUCUGACGGCACCAGAAGCUCCUCCCUCUUCCCUUCUGCUGAUGCCACGCCCUCCUCGCCGCCGCCAUCCUCCAUGAUGUCCGCCUCCUCGCCGUCUCCCCCGCCCGCGCCCUCCUCGGUGCACCCCUCCAACUGCACCCGCCUCCAGGGCGCCAUGCGCUGCACGUGUGACGUGGGCUUCACCAUCUCCGGCCGCGACAACAACCUCUGCACAGACAUCGACGAGUGCCGCCUGUUCUCCCUGGGCCAGCAGGGGCGCCUCUGCGUGCACGAGUGCGCCAACACGCCCGGCAGCUACCGCUGCCUCUGUCCCGCCGGCUACAGGAUCGCCGACGACGGGCGCGGCUGCACAGACUUGGACGAGUGCGACGACGGGGAGCACGACUGCGGCGGCGAGGAGCUCUGCGUCGACACGCACGGAGGUUUCCGCUGCAUGACCGUGGCGUGUCCCCGCGGCAACAACGCCACCUACAUCAAGACGUCGCCAACGCGCUGCGAGAGGAACCCCUGCAUGCUGGGCGACAAGGCGUGCGCCAAGGCGCCCAACUCCGUCUCCUUCCACUUCCUGUCCGUGGUGUCCAACAUGUCGACGCCCCGCGUGCUCUUCCGCGUGUCGGCGGCCCGGGCGCUGGGCGACACGCUGCGCUUCGGGCUGGCGGGCGGCCGGGGGCGGGGCCACUUCAGCGUGCAGCGCUCGGGCCGCCAGACGGGCACGCUCCUCCUGGUGGCGCCCGUGCUGGGCCCCGCCACGCUGGAGGCCGAGGUGGAGAUGAGCGAGCUGGAGCGCCACACCCUGCUGGGCCGAUACCUCACCAAGGUCACGCUCUUUGUGUCGCCUUAUAACUUUUAAAGGACCGCCUUUAGCAUUUUUCAAUUAUUUUUUAUUAUUAUUACCCUAUUUUUCCCGGUACAUAAGCCACACCAACUACAUUUUAGAAACAGUAAAUAUGUUUCCAUAUAUUAGCUGCACGGGACUAUAGCUCCAUUAUAUUACAAUAGCAUGUACAAAUAUGCAUGAAAACACUCCUACGGACGUCACUUUAGUAAGUAAGAAUAGUUUUAGUUAUAUUGUAAAACUUACAAACGAAGAAUCCCUACGAGUACACCGCGGCACCUGCAGUGAGCGAACUCGUCCAAAAGAUGGCGCCGUGGCACAUACAAAAAAACACACCUUUUCAGUGUUUGUUUGUUUUGUUUUUUAACUAUUUGCAUUAUGGCCAUAAAUUAGCCGCAGGGGUCAAAGCGUAGGAAAAACCUAGCAGCUUAGAGUCCGGAAUUUACAGUUGUAUUGGUGUCCCGGAAAAAAAAAUUCACUUCCGAUAUUGGAGCCUUGAGUAUUGGCCGAUACCAAUGUUAACCCGAUACGAUAUCAGCAAAAAUCCUACAUUGUGUUCUUUAGUAGUGUGGCGAAAAGGUUUGAUUCGGUGAAAAUGGUCAAACAGAAAACAAUGGUAGCAAUGAAAAACUUUAGCAUAUUUAUUAUUCACCGUCUGGAAUGGACUAAUGCAGUCUUUAAUUUUUUUGGGGGGGGCGAAUAUACAGUAACUUGAAUGAUGCGGACACGUUUGUUACUGGAUACAUUCUAAUAUGCCUUGGAGAUUUUGUAUAUGUGAGCACUAUGCAACUAUAAUUGUUUGAUAUUGGCUUAUAUUGACAAAUGUGCUGUUUUAUACUUUCAGUUCAUUAAUACGUUAUGUCUAGCUUGUGUGCUAUGGUGUGCUUAGCUGUUGUGUAGCUGCUAGUAGCCUAUAGACUAGCAUGUUUACUUUUUGUAAAUGACUUGACUAAAACACAACAAAAGACCAACCUUGUGAGCUUAUUGGAGGAAUAUGUACUAUUUACUGACUGAAAUGGACGUAUGCUGUCUUUAAGUUGAAGUGGGGGGGAAGAUAAAGUGAAAAAAUACAUAAAUAUGUCAAAUAAAAUAAAUGAAAUAAAAUACAAAGUUGAAGUGGAGUGCUAAUUGUUUUUUUGGCAACAAUAAUUCAUGAAGCAAAGCUCAUGAUACAGUAAGUUGAAUGAUGCGGACACAUUUGUUACUGGAUACUUUCUAAUAUACCUUGAAGACUUUGUAUGUGUAAGUACUAUGCGACUAUAAUUAUUUGACACUUGUUUAUAUUGACAAAUGUGCAGUUCUAUAUUUUCAGUUGAUUAUUUCGUAUGUCUAGCUUGUGUGCUAUGGUAUGCUUAGCUGUUGGCUAGCUGCUAGUAGCCGAGAGCCUAGCAUGUUUACCUUUUGUAAACAACUUGACUAAAACAAAAAAAGACCAACCUUGUGAGCUUAUUUGAGGAAUAAGUACUAUUUACUGUCUGGAACAGACGUAUGCUGUCUUUAAAUUGAAGUGGGAAAAAAUAUUUUACAAAAAAUACAUAAAUAUAUACAAUGAAAUAAAACAAAAUACAAUAAAUGAAAUUACAUAAAAAGUUGAAGUGGAGUGUUAAUUGUUUUUUUUUUGGCGACAAUAAUUCACGAAGUCAAGUUCAUGAUACAGUAAGUUGAAUGAUGCGGACACAUUUGUUACUGGAUACUUUCUAAUAUGCCUUGAAGACUUUGUAUGUGUAAGUACUAUGCAACUAUAAUUAAUUGACACUCGUUUAUAUUGACAAAUGUGCUGUUUUAUAUUUUCAGUUGAUUUUUACGUAUGUCUAGCUAGUGUGCUACAGUGUGCUUAGCUGUUGGGUAGCUGCCAGCUUCUAGUAGCCUAUAGCCUAGCAUGUUUACCUUUUGUAAACGACUUGAGUAAAACACAACAAAAGACCAACCUUCUGAGCUUAUUGGAGGAAUAUGUACUAUUUACUGACUGAAAUGGACGUAUGCUGUCUUUAAGUUGAAGUGGAAAAAAAAUCCAUUGAAAAA